AUGGAGAACAUACAACUAGAACAUUCGAAACCAAUACCGGCCUUCUAUUGCUGUUAUCUACUUCGCUCGACUGUGAGACAUGCCUCUCUUUAUAUCGGGUCAACGCCAAACCCUGCAAGACGGCUCACGCAGCACAAUGGCGUGGUCAAGGGAGGCGCUCGUCGAACUGCAGCCGAAAAGCUGAGACCGUGGGAGAUGGUUAUGAUAGUUGAGGGGUUCAUGAGCCGCCUUGGAGCUCUGCAAUUCGAAUGGGCUUGGCAAAAUCCAGGUUAUUCUCGCCACCUGCGUUCAGAGGAAGAAGGCUUGGAAGCUCCAGGUACUACAAGUACAACAAAGCCAAAGACUACUAGAAGGGCAAAAUCUCAAACUCCACAGCCUCUUGAAUUUGAACGUGAUCCUUCCGUUUCGAAGAGCCUAGGGACACCGAAAAGGAAGAAUCAACGCCGCCGUCGUCCCCAACGAUCUUUGACUACUCAUUUCGCUGAUCUGCAUCGUUUACUACAAUCGCCGUACUUCUCAAACUGGCCCUUGAGAAUACGAUUCUUUUCAGCCGAUGUCUACCAGUCAUGGAAGGCUUGGUAUGAUCGAGUGGAUAUCUUUCUUCCAGGGCAUGUCAACAUCCUCUUAGACGGCAGUUGUCCAGAGAACUCGGCACAGUGUAGUGCGGUUGGAGCCAGGUUUGGUAGUGUUGAACAAGCCAAGGUCAACUAUGAUAUAAUCCAGGACUAUCUGGAAAAAGCCAUGUUCCUUCUAGACGACCCGAAAGAUUUAUCAUGCCGAGUAUGUCAAACUCAAAUUGCCCCAAAAGAACAAUUGGCCGUGGUUUGUCCACAAGCGGGUUGCCAUUGCACCUGUCAUUUACUCUGUCUAUCAAAGAAAUUCCUAGACGCCAUGCCGGAACCGGAUUGUCUCAUUCCGAGACAUGGUGCUUGUCCUGCAUGUAAGGCCACCGUUCAAUGGUCGUUGAUGAUGCAGGAGCUGAGCUUCCGAAGCCGCGGAGAACAAGAAGCAUUGGCGAUCUUGAAAAGGAAGAGAAGACUCGAUCGGAGACAGCAAGUAAUCUCCAAAGCAAAAUGUGCUGGCAAAGGUGUUGACUCGUCAGAUGUGAGGCCGACAUCUGUCGACUUGGACCGUUCCAACAAUAAUGCUUCAGAUGACCUUCUUUUGGAUGACGACUGGUUCGAUGAGUUCGCGUCAGAAUCGGACUCCGAUACUGGUCAUCGAUCAAAGGCCCUCUCAAAAGCUGCACCGAAUCUUGAAACUGUUGUGGAGGACAGUGAAGGCGACGAUUUGGAGUUCUUGUGA